AUGGGUAGGCGAAUCCCCCAGCAUCUUCGUCAUGUGGUGGUGCUGAGUUUCGGUAACGACCGUGCUGUUUUCCCAUUAUUUGAAAAUUCAAGCUAUCAGGCGCAUGUAUGUUUGGGUGGACACUUGUCGACGUCUCGUGAUAAUACUGUUUGGUCGCUCCGCCCCUAUCACCAGCCUGGAGCCGUGCUGCUCCUGCCGGUCCUAGUGGCAUCCGGUCGUACUAGUCAAGAGCAGACGAACCGUGUGACGACCGCUCAUCCGCGUCUUGGAUCACUGGCAAGAGAGUCGGUGGUGGAGGACGGCGUUAUACCCUCGGUUUGUCGAGCUGUCGUCGUGCUUGGAGUCGAAGUCUUGGAGCGUUAUCUGGCUGUCGCGAGACGGCGUCGGUAUUGGUUGCGCUGGUAUUACGUUGUUGUGUAUGGUGGUGGUUCCAACCAGAAUCGCCAAUUGCUUGUGAAACUUCUCCGACAUGAUCUUGAUGCUGUUGAAACCUAG